AUGUUGAGAGCGUGUAGGUGUAAUCAAAAUGUAGGUCUUGUCGUGACAGCGGUGGUGUACCUCGAUAAGAAGAAAGGAGUUAGCGUCUCAGAUGUCGCUGACUUUCUACGUCACAACUACGGCCUCAAAACUCUCCCGGACUAUAAGAAGUCUUUGAAACUAGCAGUAGAAAAGGGAUUCUUGACUGUCAGACAAAACCGCUUCUACCCUCACCCUGCACUGAACACAAUCUUGGAGGCACGUCGGAGACGCAAACGAUCACUAAAGCGUCGAAGAGCUAGACGUCACGACGACAAUGAUGAGGUAGUCGCAGCCCGCGGUCGCAGACAACAAAGAUAUCGGUACAAAAGGAGAAGCCGUCGACAAACGGGACGGCAACGUGAAGCAGACAGUGAACUGAUAGAUGCUCGACGCAGGAAAAGGUCUAUUAGCAAAAGACUCAGGAGACAUAGCAUUAUCCAGGCUCGAAGAAGACGUAGGUCUAUAAGACGUCGCAUUGUUGACUCCGACGAUCACACUAUGGCUCGUCGUCACCGGAAGAGAUCUACAAGACACGCUAGGAGGCGAGAUGACUCCGACGAUCUCACCAUGGCUCGUCGUCGCCGUAAGAGAUCUACAAGACACGCUAGGAGGCGAGAUGACUCCGACGAUCUCACCAUGGCUCGUCGUCGCCGUAAGAGAUCUACAAGACACGCUAGGAGGCGAGAUGACUCCGACGAUCUCACCAUGGCUCGUCGUCGCCGUAAGAGAUCUACAAGACACGCUAGGAGGCGAGAUGACUCCGACGAUCUCACCAUGGCUCGUCUUCGCCGUAAGAGAUCUACAAGACACGCUAGGAGAAGAGAUGACCUAGAUGAUCUCACCAUGGCUCGUCGAAGACGCAGGUCUCGUAGAAGCACGCGCAGACGUCGAGGUCGCAAACACGAAGAAUUAUCUGCUCCUCAAGCUUAA